AUGGCUGAAAAGCACCAUGAUUGGGUCGCAAGGAAGGAAGCCCAAGACAUGUGGCAGGAGUGGAGGGGAAGAAGGCCUCUGCUCUGCUCCCUCAUUUCACCCCCACCCCAUGAGGCCAUAACCCUCGGGCUCUAUCGUCAAGGCUUCCUCAUGGGGUGGCUCCGCUCCCUCUUCUCCCCUCUGAGGAAGAUCAUGGUCCGCGCGCAUUUGGCGCGCAAAUACCGGAGGGGGAUGAGGAUCCUGUACAAGGACGUCAAGUCCUGCGAGGACGAAGAUGUGCACGUCCUGUGGUCCAUCCUGGUCGACUCGCACCGCCACCCGGCCAUGGUGAAGCUGAAGCUCUAG